AUGGACAGCCGACGCACACCUUAUGCUGCCCCCCCUCCGCCUCACCAGCACAACUACCCUCCGCACACCCCGGUAGACCAUCGCCCUCCCCCUCCACCAGCCUUUGCGCAACCCCAUUCCACCAACGGUGCCCCUCCGACACAUCAGUCCUAUCAGUACGGACCUCCACCUCAGCAAUACCCACCUCCGCCGCAGCAUCAGCAACCGCCAGGUCCCUCUGGACCCCCGGGACCGAAUCUACCUCCCAUCGAUCCGCGGCCGCAACAUACGAACCACAACCUACCGCCUCUGCCGCCGCCGAGGGCACCUCAACACGAUACACGAGAGGGCGCUGAAUACCACGCGUACAACAAUCACAAUCGAUCCGGCCAUGCCACACCAGCACCCGUGAAUCGAUCGUAUUCCCACGACUCGGCGCAUCAACAGCGAACGCCCACAACGCCAGCUCACCCCGGCCAAGGCCCAUAUCCUCCUUCGUCUGGGCCGGACCCGGCGCAGCAAGGACCGCCGCCACCGUCACAACCAAUGGAACAUGGAGGACAUCAUGGUUAUGGACAACCCAACGGGGUACCCCAUGGCCUACCGCCACCUCCGGCGCAUCCCCACGGACCGCCGCAACAUCACCAACCGCCACCGUCAUCCCACUACGGGCCUCCUCCGAUGAUGGAGAACCAUCAUUCGUACCCACCUGGGCCUCCGCCGCAGGACGUUUACUUUCCGCAGAGCUAUGGUCCAACGUCAAGUAAUUUCAACACCCAGAAAAAGAAGCAAAUGCGAGCGACUCAGGCUUGCGAGCAAUGUCGUCAGCGAAAGCAGAAAUGUGACGAAGGCAAUCCUUGUUCGUUCUGCAAAGAAGGCAAUAUGGAAUGUCAAUAUCGAGACACGCCACCUGCAAAAACCGACAAGAACAUGGAGAAGCUGUUGGAACAUAUGCGGGAUCAGACAGCAGCUCUAACUCGGCUCAGUUCGAACGUAGAAGAUCUCAAGCAUCGCUUGCGAGGAGUCGAGCAAACGACCAUGCAGGUCACCAAUGGCCCAAUGCAGAUGCCGAACGAGACUGAGGUUGUUGAGAGGAAACACAUGGUACAGGCAGAGCGAAACGUUGAGCCAGCACCAGCGAUUGCCGAACAGCCCCUCCCGAAGCAAAUGCCCACGUUGGAAGAUCACCGCACAGCACCCCAUAAGCUCAUCCUGCUGUGGCCGAGCAUCAAACCUCUGCUCAAGGACGCCAAUGUGCCUGUCAGCGACAGCUACGUUAUGGAGGCAGAAGACCGUGGUGUCAUGCGGAUCUGGACUCGUGGCGAGGGAAUAGACGAAUACGAUGGCACCCAGCCUGGUGGUCCGGCGAGCCCAGCGCUGAGCGAUGAUAGUGGCGACGGUCAGCACAGCACUCCUAGCCCGCCUCAUAACAUUUGGGGCACCGGCUUCCAAAAUACGCCUUCGAGCGAGAUCUCACGGUCGGAACCGCAAGGUUGGGGUGGCUUGAAACCGGACGGCACGCUUGACUUGGACGUCAACACGAUCAACACCCUGUACGACAGCUACAUGAAGAACAUCCAUGUUAUGCAUCCGAUGCUGGAUAAGCAAAAGGUGCGGAAGAUCUUCGAUAACUUUAUCAAGCGGUAUAGCACAGGACAGCCAACGCUUCGCUCGAAGUUUGCAGUUGGGAACAACUCGGAUUCCGAACGACCGUUGAAGCGGCAAAGAUCGAAUGGCUCUACUGCCACCGGAACCAUGCAAUCAGAGCACAACAUCUGGCGUCGCGAGCCUACUGAAAGAUCACCUACAAACGGGAUAGUCUGGCUGAUUCUCGCACUCGGGAAGAUCUGUCUGCACAAGGAGCCUUUGGAAGGACUGGCCAAAGAUAAGGCCGGCGAGGCAAACGUAGUAGUGUUGCAUAGCUUGACCGGCAAUUCUGGACUCUCCAGCAGUUCGCCAAUGUCGGUGACCAUCAAACCGAAUGAGAUGUCUCCUAACAACACCCCUCUGGCCCAAGCUACGCCACCAGGGACCGACGGCUUCACUCGAAUGGACAUGCAUAGUCGAAGACCGUCAAUGGAAGGCGUGCACUCGGCCAGGCGAAAUCUGGACCAGGUUCCCGGGCUCGCUUACUACGCGAAAGCUGUUGAGGUCUUGGGUGACCAAGGCGACGGCAACGACCUCAUCCACGCGCAGAUGUUUCUCCUUGCUGGCUUGUACAAAGGCCAGUUAGCACGUGUGAAGGAAAGCAUGAGCUGGUUCCUCAUGGCUGGGCGAGCUAUUAGGAUGCUUCUGGACCGAUACAAGCUGUACAACGAUCACUACUGGGAUCCAACCGGCGACCUUCUCAAGGUACACGAGCGAGGACAGAAGCGAAUCAAAGAUAAGCGGUCAAACCUGAUUGUUCUGGCUUCAUGGACAUGUCUGCAGCUCGAGAGCGAUAUCCUGGCGGAGAUGCAUCUUCCCUCCAGCGGCAUUGGCGAUCUCGAGAGCAAGUUGCUGAAUCCGCACCAAAUGCCAGAUACCGAUACGGAAAGCUACGACGGCCUCCGUCUGCAGGGUGACCAGCCACAUGGAAGCGACGGCAACAUCCUCAUCUACUACGUAUCACAGAUGUUCCUACGCAAAAGGUUGAAUCUCAUCCACAAGGAGAUGUACGGCGACCAGUGCCUGAACCAGUCGCUCAGGCAAGUGAAGAGCAUGCUCGAGGGGCACGAGGAGAUCCUCAACGCCUGGCGCACAACGCUCACGCCUGAACUCCAAUGGGACGACGAUGAUCCACCGCCAACUGAGAUUCUCCCGGCUCGUUUGCGAGCGAAGUAUUACGGCGCACGGUACGUCAUCAACCGGCCGUACCUGGACUAUGCCCUUCACAUCAUGCCACACGUCACGGACGGGAAGGGCAUUCUCGAAAACGCGAGGGACUGCAACGGUAAUCCACGCGACCCUGCCGAGAUUCAUCUCUUCACCGCGAUCGGGUCAAUGGGCGACGAGGUGGUCUGGGCCGCUUCGAAGCGCUGCAUUGAUGCCGCCAUGAAGAGCACUGUCGCCUUUGAUGGCAUCCCUGACCGUCUGAUCGUGACUAACAUUCACGGCACGGCUCACGCACAAUUUGGCAACAUGCUCGUCCUCUCGGCCGCAUACUACAACAAGUGGCUCAGCAACUUCGUGGAUCGGGGGGAGUUCUGCAGGCUCCUCGAGCGCACCAUCGCCUUCUUGCGCAAGCUCGCGAACAUCUCGCCCACGUGCGGCAUCGACUGCAUGAUCCUCGAGAACAUCCAUCGCAUGAUCUUCGGGCAUGAGAAGCAUCUCUACCACAAUGAGCGCGAGCCGCCGAGUGCGUCGACAUCUUUUGGGCAUAGCACGUGA